CUUCCGGCGCCGAUGGCCCCGGAUAGUCAUGGCGACCCUAAGGGUGUCUGGGUCGUUGUGGAGCCUCCUGACAGGUUCUCCGAGCACCAAGCGGGUUUGUUUCUGCGCCCGAGCUCGGCCCCAGCUCGGCACCCUGCUCCAGCCGCUGCCUGGGCCCAGCGGAGCGGGGUUGCCAUGCCGUCGGCUUGGCUCUGAGGCGGAAUCUGGCAGCUCAGAGAUCAAGAAACCUACAUUUAUGGAUGAAGAAGUUCAAAACAUACUCACCAAGAUGACAGGCUUGAAUCUUCAGAAGGUUUUUAAACCCGCUGUACAAGAACUGAAGCCACCGACCUAUAAGCUGAUGACCCAGGCGCAGUUGGAAGAGGCUACAAGAAAGGCAAUUGAGGCAGCUAAAGAACGAUUAAAAAUGCCACCAGUUCUGGAAGAACGCACACCAAUAAAUGACGUGUUAGCUGAAGAUAAGAUUUUGGAAGGAACAGAAACCGCCAAAUAUGUGUUUACUGAUAUAUCAUAUAGCAUACCCCACCGGGAACGUUUUAUUGUUGUCAGAGAACCAAGUGGCACGCUACGGAAAGCCUCUUGGGAAGAACGGGACAGGAUGAUACAAGUUUAUUUCCCAAAAGAAGGUCGUAGGGUUUUGACACCAAUAAUUUUCAAGGAGGAAAAUCUUAAGACCAUGUACAGCCAGGACCGGCAUGCUGAUGUCCUCAAUCUCUGUGUUGCCCAGUUUGAGCCAGAUUCUGCUGAAUAUAUCAAAAUUCAUCAUCAGACUUAUGAAGAUAUAGAUAAACAUGGAAAGUAUGACCUUUUACGUUCAACAAGACACUUCGGUGGAAUGACUUGGUAUUUCAUAAAUAAGAAAAAGAUUGAUGGUUUACUGAUUGACCAGAUUCAGAGAGAUUUACUGGAUGAUGCCGCCAGCUUGGUCCAGCUGUACCACAUGCUGCAUCCAGAUGGCCCCUCAGCUCAGGAGGCCAAGGUGCAGGCUGCUGAGGGAGUGCAUUUAAUUAAGGUCUUUGCAAAAACAGAAGCACAGAGGGGAGCAUAUAUAGAAUUAACACUACAAGCUUAUCAAGAAGCAUUCGUUAGCCAUUCUGCAGCUUCCUGAAUUUUUUAAAAUAAAUUUCAUUUUACUAAAUAUAA